AUGAGUAACGAGAAGAAAGAAGUCGUUGAGAGCAGCGGUUCUAGGAUUGCUGAGACCAACUUAAAAGAAGGUGGAUCUCCUUCUGUACGGUGUCCGAUGCUGAGUAACACAAAUCAUACGGUGGGGUCCAUGAAGAUGAAGGAAGGUGAUACAAUUGAUGAGUUCGUAGGGAAACUUUCGGAAAUCUCCUCCAACUCUGCUGCUCUUGGAGAAACUAUUGAUGAACCAAAACUAGUAAAAAAGUUUCUCAAUAGUUUACCUCCAAGAAGAUUCAUACACAUUAUUGCUGCUCUUGAGCAAGUUCUUGACCUUAACAAGACCAGCUUUGAAGAUAUUGUGGGGAAAUUAAAAGCCUAUGAAGAAAAGAUUGGUAAAGAAGAAGAAGAGCACCAUGACGAUCCAAGCAAACUAAUGUUUGCUAACACAGGCACACCACAACAAUACCAAGGGGCUCACGGUGGUAACAGAGGAAGAGGACGAGGGGGUCGUUCUAAUUGGAGAGGAAGAGGUCGAGGAAGAAACGGAGGCUAUCAAGAUGGAAACUUUAGAGAGUUGAGCGAUGAAGAGUAUCUCGCUGGAAUUACGUGCUUUCGAUGUGAUCAACAAGGGCAUUACGCCUCCGACUGCCCUGAUAGGUUACUUAAACUACAAGAAGCAGAGGAGAGGAAGAAAGAAGAUGAGUCACAAGAAGCUGAUAUGUUGAUGAUGCAUGAAGUAGUGUUUCUCAAUGAGAAGAAGGUGAAAUCAAAAGUCUUUGAAGCAGAGCUUGACAUGAGUAAUGUGUGGUACUUAGAUAAUGGAGCUAGUAACCACAUGAGUGGAAAUCAUUCUUUCUUCCUAGAUCUUGAUGAGACCAUUACGGGAAAAGUUAGAUUCGGUGAUGACUCUCGUAUAGAUAUAAAAGGAAAGGGUUCGAUACGGUUUGUAGUUAAAGAUGGUCAAAGAAAGAUGCUGAAUGAAGUCUACUACAUCCCCGAUCUAAAGAGUAAUAUCAUCAGCCUCGGUCAAGCUACAGAGGCAGGUCGUGAAGUUCGAAUGAAGGAGGAUCUUCUCAAGCUCUUUGAUCGGUACGGUCACCUCAUUGUGGAGACCAUUAGGUCAAAGAAUAGAUUAUAUAAAGUAUUCUUGGAUGUUGAUGAUACCAUCAAGUGCUUGCAUCUAAAGGGGAUCAGCGAAUCAAGUAAGUGGCAUGCACGGUUGGGUCAUGUUAAUCUUGAGACUAUGAAGAUGAUAAACAGCGAGUUUUUUAGUGUCUCUGUAAUCUUAAAAGCAAAGCUCGACCGCGGUUGCUCCAGCCUCGGCGAAGUUGAUUCCAUUCUCAAAGCUUUUAUUAUUGUAUCCAACUGUACCGAUGAAGUCGAUGAUGAGGCGGCCAUCGGAGUAACGACCAGUGGGACGGUGGAAAAAGGUUUCUCCAUAAGGCAGGAAAGCGGUUCCGGGAAGAUUAUUUGGGUCGGAGAGACGGAGGAAGUUUCCCGUGUCGGAGAUCGAAUCACCGAAGCUGAUGAUCGAUUUAUAGCAUUGAAAUGA